AAAACCAAUCGAUCGAUAGCGGUUAUCUUCCUUGCGUCCGAUAGGCGAUAACAAUAUUAAAAAAUAUAAUUUUAUGGAAACGAAUCGCACCUACGAUGUCUCAUGGAAUAAUUUGUAAGCGCUGAUAACGAGCACGUGUAACGUUAUCGUGAAGUCAAAUUUCAGAAGUGCGAACUGCGAAGUCGGUGUGCCCCGUCCGGUGUGGUUGGCGGUCGCUUACAACGUCUUGCAAGUUAUAAUUAUUAGUUAUUACUUAUUACCUAUCUAUAUUCUAAUUUGUAUGCGAGUUACAGCCAACAGGUUUCAGUUCGCGUCGUAUUUUUACUUUUUUAAUUCCAUCGGUUAAUUUUACCUAGACGAUUAUUAUUCUGAUGCCUAAAAAUCAUAGGUCUCACUCUGACAAUCUCUAGCCGGUGAACCUGUAAAUUGUGUUUCGGUCACUUAUUUCGAUUUGACACAGACUAAAAAAUUAUUAUUUUAUUUAAAAACACCAUCGGUCAUGGAUACUGAGAUACCACAUCAUUUAUUGCUCGUUAUGGUCCACUCUUUGGUGGUGGAUGGUGGAGAUCCCAAAUUAAAAAGUGACAUUCUACAACAUCUACUGGUGCUGACAGCUGACAAACACAAAGAAAACAAAGUGAUUGUCGAUAAUAUGGACGAAUUGCUUAGAGGCCUGUUCAAAGUUUUGGAAACCGAUAAGAUCAAUGCCAAUGCAGCCUGUUUGUGUUUGGUCAAUAUUUCGUCAAAAGAAAAUGGUCUGAAAAAAAUAAUGUCGUUUUUAAACAGUAACAUCAGUUCAAAUGACUUGGGAAUCAUAUCAAAAACAAUACGAUAUAUUGAUCAAAAAACACCAGAGAUUGCAAGUUCAGUACUGAAGCUGUUGUGCAACCUAACCCGUGAAAAAAAUCAUGCCAUUCAAGUGUAUGAAGCAUUUGGAGAUCAAACUACAACAUUAGAAUCGUUCAUGAAAUUGUUCAUCACCCGAGAUGUACAACAUGAAACAAAUUAUGAUUAUAUUUCAUAUUUAUUAUCCAAUUUAUGUCAGUUACAUGAAGUAAGAAUGUGGUUAAUGAAUAGUGAUAAUUUCCAAAAAUUAUUUCCAUUUUUAAAUUUAAACAACUCAAUUCGAAGAGCUGGUGUUAUCAUGACUAUAAAAAACUGUUGCUUCGAAUUAGAAAAGCAUGAAUGGUUAUUAAGCGAAGAUCUAGAUUUGUUACCUCGCCUUCUUUUACCACUAGCUGGUCCUGAGCAGUUUGAUGAAGAGGAUAAUGAAAAACUACCAUUGGACUUACAAUAUCUACCUGAUGAUAAAGAACGAGAACCAGAUUCAGAUUUACGCCUGGCAUUGUUACAAGCUUUGACUCAGUUGAGUGCUAAAAGAGAUUGCAGAGAAAUAAUCAGAGAUCAAGGAACUUAUCUUAUUUUAAGGGAAUUUCACAAAUGGGAACCCAAUAUGGAAUUGAAAUUAGUAUGUGAAAAUCUAGUGGACAUUUUAAUCAAGACUGAAGAUGAAAUAGGAACAGAUAAUUUCCACGACUUAGAUGUACCAGAAGAUUUAAUAGACAAGUUUAAAAAAAUGGAUGAAGCUUAUCUAAGUUGACAUUAAUUCCAACAUCAUUUCCAUACUGUGUGUUAAUAUUUUUAAUUUAUAUAAUAAUAACAUAUUUCUUAUUUUAAUUUUUAAGUUAUUGAUUACUUAAAUCACUAACUAUACUAGAUUUUAUAAUGAAUAAAUCUAGAACCAAAACAUGGAUGCCCAAUUUUUUAUAAUAUGAUAACAAACAAGAGAAUCUAACGGUGGAAUAACCGGGAUUUUUCAUUGGGGAGGAAUAUAUUAUUUAUAUUAUAAUAUAGUUAAUUUUUUUGCAAACAAUUAUUGAUAGUCACAAUAAAUCCAAAUUUUUAAAAAAUAUUUUAUUUACUGACGAGACUGCAUUUAAAAAAAUGGGAUUUUUAACCAACAUAACUCACAAAAUAUGAUCUUCCGGCACUAUUAUAGAACGUACCAUUGGACGAACAAGAAACAAUGUGGUUUAUUUUAGAUGGUGCACCACCUCAACAUACAAAUACAGUCCGACAACAAUAUUGCAUUAUCUUUUCCCAAACAAACUUAUUGGUAUAGACAAGCUGGAAACAAUGCUCAAUAUCGCACAAUACCCAUGCGACUUUUUCUUAUGGGGUUUUAUGAAAGAACAAGUUUAUUCCAAUGGAGUCAAUAAUAGAGAUGAACUUUUGACGAGAAUGUAGCUGAUAUCAUUUGUCAAACACCAAAUUUGAUGGAAAAAAGUUCAUUAGGUACAACGAAGUUAACAGGAGUCAUGUUGAACAACUUUUGUAGAUAAAUAUUGAUUUUAAAAAUAAAGUGUAUUAUUUAA